AUGACGUCAGUGUCCGUCUCCCCCAAAACAACCGGGGCGCAGUUUCCUGUGUUAUGAAAACUACUGAAUGAAAUGUUGAGUAACUGCAAUUUCUUUCGCGUUAUAUAACACCAUGUGGAGAGUUUGACGACGGCUGCAAGUCUGCCAUCCUCAACUACAACUACAGAAAGUGUGUAGACAGCAUGGCGAAGCGGAGACGGUGCGAAGAGACGGAGGCUGAUACAAAGAAACUGAGGCAGGUGGCGAAAACAGAAAGAAGAGGACCAAGAGCAAAGAGGAGAGAUGCAGCUGAUGACCUCAUUGAAAGAGAAGGGAAGCUUAAGAGGAAGGUCAAUCCCAAGCCACGCAUGUCCUCAAAACGACCUGCAAGGAACUCCACUUCUUCUAAGUCCAGCAUGAAUUCUGAUGUCAAAACUAGUAAAUACUUUGAGUCACCAAUUAAGGUGGAGGUGGACAGCGAAGAUGAUUUUGACAUGGUGACUUCGGCACCACUUCUAGUUGAAGCAAACACCAAGAAACUAGAGAAAGAAGAACAGGAGGAGAUGGACGACGACGACAGUGAGGAUGAGGAUGACUGGGAGGAAGUGGAAGAGCUAGCGGAGCCGCUGGGUCCAGUUGAACCACCUGAGCCUGUCCUGCCUUCUCAACCUGUAGAGAUUGAGAUCGAGACUGCGGAAGUCAGAAAGCAAAAGAAGAAGCAGGCAGAGUUUGAGACUUACUUGAGGCGAAUGAUGAAGAGGUAUAAGAAGGACCAGCUAAUUGACACACACAAGGUCCACCUCAUGUGCCUUAUAGCCAACGGGAUGUUCCGCAACAGUUUGUGCAAUGAACCAGACCUGCUGGCUAUCACUCUGUCCCUGCUGCCUGCACACUUCUCCAUGAUGGCCAAAGAACGUGUUGACCAAAACUACCUCUCUGGGUUGCUCAAAUGGUUUAGAGCAACGUUCACUCUUAACCCCAGUCUUCCUUGUGAGGAGCGUCCGGACCUGCGGGCUCUCCUGGAGGGGCGCCUAGCAAGCCUCUCAGUCCGAGACCACCAGGAGAUGACUCAUCUUUUCCUGUUGGUCCUGAGGUCUCUGCAGCUCUUCUGUCGACUAGUUCUGUCCUUACAGCCGCUUCCUUUCAAACCAUCAUCAGCCAAGUGCAAGGGGGCUAGAACAUCUACUGGUACCUCAGAAAAAGGCCAAACAAGCCAAGAAACCUCCAAGACCAACUCGCCAGAGCAGAAAGUUUCUUCAGGCUCCAAGAGAUCAGCUGAAGGAGGGGACAUUAAGGGGCGCAGCAGAGGAAAGAAAGCAAAAGGGAAAGAGAUUAAGGAGGAGGAAGAGGAGAAACAUGUAUUUUUAACAGGGCAGAGACCAAAAAACUCUAAACGCCGCAGUGUCGCUUCAAAAGUCAGCUACAAGGAGGAGAGCAACAGUGAAGGGGGUGAGAAAGAGGAGUUCAGUGAUGCAGAGGAAUUCCAGGGGACCAGUGAGGAUGACAGUGAGGGUUCAGAAAGAGGAGGAAAAUCUACAAAGUUAAAGAAGGGGAAGGGAAAGGCCAAAGGAACUCGCAAAAAAAGUACUCCAGCUUCUAAGAAAAGGAGUAGUGGUAGGAAAAAUGUUCAGGUAAAAGAAGAGGAGGACAGUGAAUCAGAGGGAUGGAAGGAAGAUGAUGAAGAUGAAGGGGUGACAAGCAACAUAACAAAGAGAAGGAGUGGGAAGAAGAAGGAUGGGCCUGGCGAGGACGAGUGGUUGGAGGUGUACCUGGAGAGAACAUCUUCCUGGGUUUGUGUUGACGUGGAACAAGGAGUUGGGGUGCCUCAUCUCUGCUCCCAGAAUGCAACAGCUCCAGUGACGUACGUGGUAGCAGUGGAUGGAAACGGGUUUCUGAAGGACUUGGGGAAGAAGUACGAUCCUACCUGGAUGACGUCGUCGCGGAAGAGGCGGGUGGAUGACGAAUGGUGGGAAGAAACCCUCGAGCCCUUCUUAGGGCCAGAGGAUGAGAAGGACAAAAAGGAGGAGAAGGAGCUCCAGAAUAAGCUUUUGAGCAAACCCAUGCCAACUUCUGUAGCAGAGUAUAAAAACCACCCUCUGUAUGCCUUAAAGAGACAUCUGCUGAAAUACGAAGCCCUGUAUCCUUCUACAGCCACCGUACUGGGAUACUGCAGAGGCGAGCCGGUAUACUCCAGGGACUGUGUGCACACCCUCCACUCCAGAGACACGUGGCUGAAAGAAGCACGAACUGUCCGACUUGGAGAGGAGCCAUACAAGAUGGUGAAAGGCUUCUCCAAUCGUUCACGAAAGGCCCGGAUGAUGUCUGAAGUGAAGGAUGAGAAGGACCUGCCUCUGUUUGGAGAAUGGCAAACUGAAGAGUACCAACCACCAAUAGCUGUGGAUGGGAAGGUCCCUCGUAAUGAAUAUGGCAAUGUCUACCUGUUCAAACCCUGCAUGAUACCAGUAGGCUGCGUUCAUGUCAGACUGCCUAACCUGCACCGUGUGGCCAAGAAGCUCAACCUUGAUGCUGUCCCUGCAGUUACAGGCUUUGACUACCAUGGAGGAUACUCACACGCUGUUUCUGAUGGUUACAUUGUGUGUGAAGAAAAUGAGGAUAUUCUUAGAGCUGCUUGGGUGGAAGAACAAGAGAUUCAGAAGCAAAAAGAGAAAGAGAAAAAAGAAAAAAGAGCGAUUGCCAACUGGACUCUGCUGGUGAAGGGACUCCUGAUUAGAGAAAGGCUUAAACAGCGUUACAACAAGAAGAGCGAGGGACUGGGGAGCCUUGCUCAGGGAGAUGAGUUUUCUUCUGAUGAGGAUAUGGUUGAAAGUGCUGGUCCUGAAGCUAAAACGGCAUCUGAGACUCUGGCAAUGUCAUGGCCUCAAAACAGACAAGCAGCAGAGGAUGAAGAGAGUUCCAGCAGAACGAAGAGAAAAACAACAAAGCGAGAGAAGAAGGGUCAGGAGCAACAUUUGUUCCCCUUUGAGAAACUGUGAUUUUGGAUAUCAAAACUAGAGUGACAGAUUUUGGUAAAGAAAGACACUGCUGCAUAUAUAACACUUUCAGUUAUUUUUCAUUAUUUUUACUUUGGAAAAUGUUCACAUCCCCUCAGAGCAGGAGUCCUCAGAAGCCGAUGUAACAAAUCUUAAGUCAUUUCAGGAAAACUGGUAAACAGUUAUGCUGGAGGAUGGAGAAGAAGGCUGGAAGAAAAGAAGAGAACUUUUUUCCUCUGUCUAUGAUGCUGUAUGUAUAAUACCUGGAUCAAAUAUUCCUAUAAUCUCAAAUACUGUAUUAUUAUCUUUUUGUAUAAGAACAUGAUAGAGAAAUCAUACAUGCUACAAUUCCAGUGUAAGAAUACAUAGAUGGUGGAUAUCAUCCUGCAAGCCAGCUUGUGCAAAUCGGUGUUGCCCGGUUGCCGUAGAGAGGACAACUCAAGAUGAAUGCAACAACCAGGAAGUGUCCUUAUAGUUAUAUGUGUGAGUAACAUUACAUUAAGCCUCUUACUGCUUCAAACUGGGCACUUUCCAAUGUUUGACUUGUUUGAGACAAACGUUCUUACUUACAAGGUCAGGAUUUAGUAAAUACUUCAUUCAGACUUGAGUUGUCUUGUUCAGCAAAUAAACACGAUACUUCAUGUGCCAAUAACACUAUAAACAACACAACCUAACAUAAUCCCAGCUUGUAAUAGCUGAAACCAAAUGAAAGCAACAUUCAAAAUUUGUUGCCCCACCACUACAAAUUUAUCAUAUUCCACAUUAGCAAGUACCCCAAACAAGUUCAAGCAGCAAGCGGAGUAAAGCUGCUUGUACUGGCCGAACUGCAUGUCUGUUUCCAACUUGGAUAACUUUUUAGCCCCAGGUUGUCACAUUUCUCUGCUUUAGCUCAACUACUAUGCAUCUUUAAGUUAAUGUAACUGGUUUUAGCUUGUUGAAUGUUUUUUUUUUGUUGUUGUUUUUUUGUUUUUUUUUAAGUGACAGGAAAGCAGAUGUGGAUUAUGUAACCCUUUUUUAUGAGGAUGCAAUUUGAAAAUGACUAAAACUGCUGUUAAAAAAGAUUGAGAGCUACAUUUUCAGACUUUAGUUCACACCAAAGGUUAAUUUUCUCCUUUUAAGAUUUUGCUGUUUGGCCACUACAUUCCAUGAGGUUAAUUUUUUUCUAUUUUGGUGUGUCACUUGUCACGUUCUUGCACCCUAUUAUCUCACUUGUAUCACCAUUCACAACCUCUCUUUGUAUGCUGUAUGUCAGUGCUACUCAUUCUGGUUUAAUGAGGGUCGCACUUCUGCAGAUUUUCAGUGUUUCCCAGCUCCACCACACCUGACCUAAAUUAAAUGGGUCCACCAACUUGUGAAGUUCUGCACAAUGACUCAUUAAUUUGAGUCAGGUGUGUUGGUGCAGGAAACAGAAAACCUGCAGGACUGCGGCCUUCGUAGGACCAAAUUGAAAAGUCCUGCUGUAUGUGUUUUUACACAGCUAAUAGUUGCUGCAUUUAAAAUAGUAAGCAGUUUUGUAUGAAAGUAUUUUUGUAAGAAAUGUUUAAUAUGAGUAAAACGAACAU